UAGAAAGCAUACACGGCAGUGGUAAUUUCAUGAGAAUACACACAGGAGACAUGAGCGAAUUUUUAAGUGAUAUGGUGGUUGACCUUACAAACUUCGGACAACUUUCGACUGCCGAGAGCCACAGUGAAAUGGCGUUACUGCCUGAAAACAAAGAAAUCGAAGACACAGAGAAUGAACAUGUUAUUUCAGAGAGUGAUCAUGGAGCACAGAACCCUGAAGAAUGCGUCCAAAACUUUAUAGAGGACUUAGACUCGGCUACGAUGGACCGAAGCGAGUCGCCUGAAGAAGAUGGCAGCCAUAAAACUGACUGCAACGAUCCAGACGUGAAGCCAACCCAUUCUUACAUUGCGCUGAUAGCAAUGGCGAUAUUAAGCUGCCCUAACAAGAAGAUGAUACUGGGAGAUAUCUACCAGUACAUUUCAGAUAACUUUCCGUAUUACCGAAAUAAGGACAAGAGUUGGAGGAACAGUAUCAGACACAACCUGUCUCUAAAUGAGUGUUUUAUCAAAGCGGGUCGCAGCGAAAACGGCAAAGGAAACUACUGGGCUAUUCACCCGGCCAACCUUGAAGACUUUGCCAAUGGUGAUUUCAGGCGUAGAAGAGCCAGACGGCGGGUGAGGAGAAGCAACCCUUUAAAAUAUGGAAGCAGUUCCUGUCCCUCGGCGUAUUUCCGGGGACUGAGUCCUCUUUCAGCAUCUUCGUCUUUCUUUCCUUUUCGCACUGACGACUGUCGCGGAUACCCAAACCUAACAUACAUCCGUCCUACCAAGAAAAGCUUCGCCAUUGAAAGCAUCAUGGGUUCUUACGAUUCCCCUUACCUCUACAGUCCACUAUCUGUUAGGUCGUACCCUUCUCUGAAUCUGGUUGGGAGUCGAGAAUUUCGUGGCACCUCACCACCCCACUCGCUUCUUUUCCAUACCUCACCGAAGCUCGUCUCUUGCGUAUCAAAAUUGGGAACAACUGCUAUUCCUGGGUGUGCUGCAACCUCACUAGAGUCGUCAGCGUUUUCAGCUUACCUCGGAUCAAAAACUGUUGUCACACAGGGCCAAAAAGGCUCUGCACCAGAAAGCUGGCAAGAAACUCUAUCUAAAUUACAAGAUCAACUGAGAAAAGUAACACCCUAAACCAAAAGUGGCUUCGUAAAAACUUACAAAUGCCGAGGUAAUGUGGGAAUUAAAACUCGGGCUGCCUAAGGAAAGAAACUUUGCUGUUUCUCAGUAAAACAGAAACAUACCUGCCAAGGGUCAUUUUAACGAGAAGCUCAAAUGAAAUAUAUCACAAACAGACUCGUGAAUGAACAAGUUUCUCGUUCAGUUGUGCAUGAAUUAGACGAGAACUGAUCGACAUGAGGGGAAAGCUGUUUUUUAACCAUUAGAAGGAACCUGCGUUAAUAUUUCUUUGAAACGAAACCAUAACAUAACUCAGUUACCAAAAAUGAUGUUUUUAAUUCCAUAAACAAAGAAUGUUUCAUAACGUUCAGUUUGGAAAAGAUGACUUAAGGUUUAAAAGAGAUUAUAGAACCAAAAUACCAAAUUGCAUUUGAUAUGAUGCGUCGACAUUUCCACUCAAUUAGCCAACGGAUAAGUCAAUUUUUAACACUUGGCGAAAUGGUUAAGUAGAUGAAACACUGAAUUAGAAAUAUAGAGUAAGUCGUCUUAUUUAAUGGAAUGUUA